CAUGGAAAAGGGUUCUCGGGAGUUAAAUCGGGCUGCCCGGGGCGCUUUGCAGUCCCCAUCCCUGCAGGAAAGCCUGGACGUGGCGCUCAGCGCUGGAGACACGGCGGGGAUCGGGCCCCCAUGGUCCUCCAGGCCUUUUCCAGCCUCGGGGAUCCUGGGAUUCUGUGCUUUAAAGGGAGCAGAGUGUCCUGAGCAUCCCCGGCAUUAGCAAAAAUUGCUGUAAGUAAAAACUGGCGUUAGUAAAAAUUGCCGAUUAAACAGGAAUCAGGCUGUUACGCCCUAAAAAUUGUGACCCGGCUUCCCCUGGACCAAAUUCCUGGAUAAUUCCAGACGAACCGCAGAGGAGGGUGAUGGGGAGAGCACCGUAAGCACAACGUGAUCCUGGUUUUUAUAAAAAUGCCAGUCGGGAAAAAGCGUUGAAAUGUCCUAAGCACUGGAAAAAUGCUCAUUAGUGAUCAAGCCUCUGUUAUAUGGAACGUGUUCCAUUGAACGCUUUGUGUCUAAUUAAUGAAGAAUGAGAUGUUAAUGAGGCCAUGGAGAGAAGAGCAUUGGGCACUCACUGUUGCCAGCCAGAAGAAAUGCAAGCCCGGAGCCUUGGGAUGUAAUUCCAGCUUUACAAAUAUGCUUCAAGGUUCUGCUGUGCUUCCUUGGUGAACAAUGAAGGUUUUGCUGCUAAAAGAUCCCAAAGACAAAGAUUCAGGACCAGAUCCAUAUAUUAAAGAAUUAGGAUCAUACAGCUUGGAAGCAACAUUGAUCCCAGUUUUGUCAUUUGACUUCACCUCUCUUGAGAGCUUAUUUGGGAAGCUUUCCCAUCCAGAGUGCUAUGGAGGCCUAGUUUUUACCAGCCCAAGAGCAUUAGAAGCCAUCAAGAUAUGUUUGAAAGAGAAGAGUAAAAAAGAAGCCUGGUCAAAUUCUCUUAAACAAAUGUGGAAUAUCAAACCAACAUAUGUGGUAGGAAAAGCUACAGCUUCUUUAGUGGAAGAAAUUGGUCUUGUUCCACAAGGAGAAAAGGCUGGAAAUGCUGAGAAAUUAGCUGAAUAUAUUUGUUCAAGAGAGAAACCCAAUUCCUCAGCUCUCCUAUUUCCUUGUGGAGCCCUGAAAAGAGAAGUACUUCCUACAGUGCUUAGAGAAAAAGGCAUACCCCUGGAAAGCCUCACUGUUUAUCAAACAGCCCAACACCCUGAUCUGCAGGAGUCCUUGAGCAGUUACUUCUCCCAGCAGGGGAUCCCUGCGAGCGUCGUGUUCUUCAGCCCCUCGGGUGUCAAAUUCUGCCUCCAGCACAUCCAGAAGCUUUCAGGGGAUUUGAUCAACCAGAUCAAGUUCGCUGCCAUCGGCCCCAGCACAGCAGAGGCCCUGCGAGGGGCUGGCGUUGCUGUGAGCUGCACUGCAGGGAGCCCCACGGCCCAGGACCUGGCUGCUGCCAUCCACACAGCCCUGCAGCCACAUCCCUGCUCUGGGCCCCAGUGAGAGCCCAGCCUGCCCAGCAAGGUCAGUGGGGUCCUCCAGGAGGGCUGUUCCAGCCUGCAGACCUGCUGUUCUGCGAGAGCGUGUGAUUUGGGAUUGUGAAGCACUGUCCUGCUCAGGGACAGCUCUGAGGUUGCACCUAAAUAUCUUAAGAAUUCUGGAAUCUGUCCAGCAUCCAGCUCUUCCCUUUCCUCCUGUGUGCACUGUGAAUAUUUUAUCCUUGAAAAGCAGCUGUGAACACUGAGCUACUGAAAUCAGCCCCACCUCAGGUAUCCCCCAGCACACAGCUCAGGUUGGAUUUCUCUGUAUGAUCAGUUUUACUUGCACAUCUUCUUUUGUAGCAAAGACUCCCAUGUUCCAGUGAAGUAUUUUCUUUUGUAAACUUGUUUGCUUGUUGUUCUGCUUUUCAAAUAUUUGUAUAAAAAUGUUAAUUGUAGAUUCUUAGUGGAACAGGAGAAUUCUUGCAGUGAAGUUGCUCUGUGUGGGGCUAAUUCAGGUCAGCUGUUGCCCCUUGUUACCCUAACAGGGUUUUAAAAAUUAGCUUUUGGUUUCUGUUCCUGUAAUGAAGGAUUUAUCAACAGGGAAAUAAACUGGCUUAUCAGAGUUAA